UGUACGCAUGCAUUUCAAUGUCCUGUAUAGAAGCGCAACAUCCGAAUCGCAAUAAUACGUACCUUGGCUUUACCGUUUACUAUCUUACGUUGUUAUUGGUAUAUCGUUGUCUUAUAAUGACGGAACCCGAACCCCCGGCUUUCCGCUGCCGAGUAUGUGUACGCUUCCGAGUGCGACGUCAAAAUACUAACAAGGCGAAAUGGGGCUCCAUUUCCGAUAGAAGCGAAUCAGACACCUUAGGGCGAUAUAUGUCAGGAAUCUAUCCAUGGAUGAGACAGGGGAAGAAGAUUCCCGGGGAUGUGGAAAUGUAGAGGAAAAGAGCGUGAAGGGUGACCAGAUGGGAAAUAUCUUGCAUGGUACAAAUGUCUCGGGUAUCCCCAACCCCGCUACAAACAUCUCUAUAUCCAAAAAAUCCACAAAGAUCUACGAAGAUGUCUCCAAGUCCGUUUCAGGUGGUACACCCAAGGCCCCAGAUACCUCUGAUAUAUCCAUACUGAUACCUGAUGAUGCCGUCUCUGAUGUAGCCAGAGCAAUCUCUGAGCUCAAAACCACCUCGGAUGACACCUUAAGGCCUACAGAUAUCACCAAUGAAGAUAAAAUCAUCCCCAAUCACACAAAGGAAACUAGAACCAUCUUAGAUACAAAGGAGGCCAGACCCAUCUGUGACAAUGCCAAUGGGGCAAAAGCCCUCUCUGGUGAUAUGAAUGGGCCAAGAGCCGUUUCAGGUAAUACCCAUGCCAGUUUUGGCUCUAUACCCACCUCUAAUAGCAUCCACGGACCUAGCGCCUUAAAUACCGAAGAGCCGUUGACCAUUCAAGACGGCCCCAACCAAAGCAUUUCAGGCUCUAGAGCCAUUUUCGACUUUCCCAGAGCCCAUCCCACCGCCCUCCAAGCGGCGUUGCAUCUGCUCAAUUCUCGUAAACUCGGUAUUGACAGCUUCUACUCCCUCCACCCCCUCUCCUCACCCAAACCCUUAUACAUUAGCGAAGUCAUCCCCCAGGAAAUUAACCCCGAAUUCCAGGUCAUGGACCUUUCUGGCCUCUCCUGUUUGAUGAAACGCUCUGGCGUAUGUUUCAAGCUCUGGGGCCGCCGCCACGGGGCCUGGGCCAACGUCUUGACUCUCAACUUGGACUUGAAUCGAUUAGUAAGAACUUGCGAGUCCUUUGGAAAGAUGACCGACCCGAAUACGGUCAUCUUCCAGCUCAGUGACGGGCUCUACGUGUUGCCAGACUCACCAUAUGCCAUUUCAGAUCCUUCUGAGGCUUCUCAUUCCAUUUUUGGCCGAAACUAUUCCAUCGUUCGCGAUUCGUGCUCGUUUGACGCGAUAAUGAAGAUGGGCAACCUCCAGCAGUUUAUCCGCGAUGUCCAAAUCUCUAAGUGGGACCAGAUUAGCCAGAUCGACGCCAGACUAAAUGGCGAGGAAAUGAUUCAAGCAAACACCUUGGAGAAUUCCGCCCGCAAAGUCGCUCUUCUCAAGAAACUCGUGGACGAGGAAAAGAUACGGGUCUACGGACUCAGCGAAACCAUAGAAAGAGCCAGAAACAACAUAGAAACCAGUCGUCAAAAGUUUUCUGUGCGAUCCACUAUAAAACUAAACGAAGCCAAGCAGAUUUUGGCCCAGGAAAGAGAGGAAUUUGGUGGCUUGUUAGCCAACCACCACCAGAUCAACGAAGCGGUUCCGCUUGAGCGCUCGGAGCGGAUUGCAGCGUUACUUCGCGUGUAUCCCAUCAAAAAAGGCCCGGAAGACCACCGUCUUUUCAACUUGCUGGUACCCCCGGACUUUGUGAAGACGGUUGUUGCGCCGUUUCUUGAGAUGGAACACGUCCAACCCAGCAAUCCCCACAUCGGUGUUACCAUGGGGGAAGUUGAUGCGGUGCUUGGAUACAUUGUGCAGAUACUUCUAGAGAUCGAGGCGGUGACCCUCAUCCCGCUCAGAUACCCCCUCCGGUAUAUGGGUUCAAAAUCUGUCGUCAGUGACCCAGUCGCCGCCGCGUUGUUCCCUCUCUGGUUCAAGGACUCUAGUGGUGGUGGCGUGGCGUGGCUCAAGUUCUGCCGGGGAAUCUUUUUGUUAUACAGCGACAUCAGACAGGUGAUUUAUGCCCUUCAGCUCCCGGAGAAGGACAGUACGGAUUUACUAGGCAUGGUGAAGGGCAUCUGCGAUGUCUUGAGACGAAAAGAUGUACUCGGUGACGGUGAUUUCCGCAUCAGCGCGGAUCCACGUCCGUCUGUACCUCCCAGCAUGUUUGCCCAUCUGGUAUCUUCCAGUAGUUGGGGGCUCCGGUUGAAAACGUAUGGAGUAGAAUAGAUUUUUUUUGAGUGUAAACUGUAAACUAUUGUGUACAGCUACUGAGGCUCAAAGAAUUCGAUAUCCGAUGGGUUCUGUCAAUAUCACAGACUUCAGAUGCAGACCAUUCGGGGGCUCCAUGUUGCUAAAGCUAGCUUAAUUGAAGGUGUACAUAAUAAAUUGAAAGGUCUGUCGGUUGAAGAGUCUCAGUGUAUCUGAAUUGACUUUAUCCACUCAACCAAUAGCC